AUGUACUUUGAUUCCGAAUCGUAUGACUGCCGAAAUGAGUCCUACUUUUCCCGGACGGCCCAAUUGGCGCCAUGGGCCAUUGUCCAGCCACGAAAUACAGAUGAGGUUUCCCGGUCACUAAAAGCCCUGGUGAGAACGCCGGGCUGUAAGUUUGCCGUGCGUAGUGGCGGCCACAUGCAAUGGGCUGGCGCCAACAAUAUCCGGGACGGCAUAACAAUCGACCUCGGGCGUACAUGGGCGGACGCGUAUAAGGAGCUAGAGAAACAUGGAAGGAUGGUCGCUGGUGGCCGUGAUGGUGCGGUUGGCAUUGGCGGGUUGCUGACUGGUGGCGGCAAAACAUUUUACACUUGCCGCACUGGCUUCGCUUGCGACCAGGUUGUCAACUACGAAGUCGUGUUAGCGAAUGGCACUGUCAUUGAGGCCAAUGACCAAAAGAACUCAGAUAUCUUCCGUGUUCUAAAGGGCGGAGGGAACAAUUUCGGCAUUGUCACACGCUUUGAUAUAGCGACGUUUCCAUCAAAAGACAUCUGGGACGGCAACAUUAUCUACGAUAAGGAGAUAACGCCGCAGCUAGCUGAGGUGCUUUUGGAUUUUAUCCAAAAUCUCGCUAAAAACCCAGACAGCCACGUUGCUGCGGCAUGGACGUACCUACCGAAGACUGAAAAUCAUUUUAUCAAUAUGUUCUUAACGAACCUAGAUGGUGACAAGGAGUCGCGGUCUUUGAGCAAGUUCUUAGCAAUUCCUGGAAAAAGAGAAAUGAAAAUGAGCACAGUAGCGACCAAAGUGGCGUCGUCGGCCUUGGGUGCAGGCCUGCCUACAGGCAAAGAAAAUACAUGGUUCUCCUUGACCUUUAAAGCCGAUUCGCGAAUUGUCCUCAGGGCUGCAGAGGUCUUCGAGGCCACAGUCGGAAAUUUAAAAGCGCAGGUUCCGGACUACGAUUUCGUCUUAAUGAUGCUCCUACAACCACUCCCUAUCGAUUGCCUCUUGCUGUUGUUUGUACUCCAAGUGGAGACCUCAGAACUCCGCACGACAAUUGGGUUGCCGGCCCUUAAAGGGGCUAUAGACGAAAUCGAAGCCUUUGCCGAGUCAAUGGGUGGCAAUGUGCGGUUUAGGUACUUAAACUAUUGCGACGGCUCGCAGGACCCCUUAUAUAGCUAUGGUGAGAAGAAUGUGGAGAUGAUGCGUAUAGCUGCCGCGAAAUACGACCCUUCUAGGGUGUUUCAGACUCAGGUGCCUGGUGGCUUUAAGAUCUCUAAGGUGAAAUAG